AUGUCGCGACCGGAGGACAUGGGCCUGCAGUCGUGCGAGGCGCUGUGGGCCGCGCUCGCCGACGGCACGCUCCGCUUCCAGCAGCGCACCUCGGGCGCGCAGGCCGAGGGCUCGAUCCACAAUUUGCUGCACGCCAAGAAGAAGGACUUCAGCUGA